CCCUGUGCGGAUCUGAAUAGAUAGAUGUCCUUACAGCUCUCCCCACACGUCUGUAGCCUCCUUGUUGUUGUUGUUGUGUUAUUUCUGCACACAUUACGGCGCUUUGCAGAGAAGACGGACGCGGCAGUAUGCAGCACAGUGCCGUGGUCGUGGUUGCGGACAAAACCAGCCUCAAAAGGCCGUUUAUCUUCGCAAAUGCUGUCAAUAUGGCAUUGUGCUUCUUUAUGCUGACAACAACAGUGGCUUGGCACAAAGAUGUAAUACAAGCUGGUCAGCUCGUGUCCAGUGCCUCUGUGGUGAUCAUGUACAUUCUGGAGGUGGGCUGCAUGCUGCUGUCUCUGCUGGGGGUCCUGGGAGCCUGCUGGGGCAAAAGAUGGUGCUUGAUCCUGUUUGCAGCUGGGAUGGCAGCAGCAAGUCAGACAAUUAUUGUCAAAACAGCACUGAGUUAUCAAGAGAUCUACGAGAAAGUGGUGGUUCGAGAAGAGACCAAACUGCUGUCCAUGAUGCCUUUGAGUGCAACUAACAAAAACAACAGAACUCUGCUCUACAGCAUCCAAGCACAUUUCAAAUGCUGUGGUCUUGUGGAUGGGUAUAAAGACUGGGGGUCUACUAUCCCAGUGUCCUGUAACUGUCAGUAUCCAGGAAAAUGUAUUCGGCUACGAGGAAGUGCUACUCUCGGAGCGCCUAAGAACGUCUAUGUGUAUCAAGAGCCUUGUUUACCAAUCUACGUUUCUGCUCUGAAACGGGGAUUCACGUUAUCGACAGGGAUACGUUUUGGCAGUGGUAUCUUCUGGGCGGUGCUGAUGGUGAUGAGUAUUCAGCUGAUGGUGCAGCUCAAAAGGAAAGAGGACUUCAUCGCUUUGCUUCAGUCAAACAGAUACGUGCCCGGUGCUUUCUAGAAGAACUCUUUUUAAACACUGUUAACUAUUGGCAAGCUGACCUUUUGCACAUUUAACAUGUUAUGCUGUAUGCUAAAUCUGGCUAAUUCUGCUUCAUAAGUUACUGAUUUUCUACACCUAUUAUUGCAUGCAUCUGAUUGAUUGUAAGCUACAUGCAUAUGCCCACUUGCUUCCUUUCUGCUGUGGAACAGCACAGCUUCAUCCAAUAAGACAAACCAAAGUCAUUACCACUCUCUGAAGGUCUUAUUAACAGUAUCAAUAUUGUUGUGGCACUUUAUAUAUUUAUAGAAAUAUUAUAACAAAGUAUUACCUAUAAGGGUAAAGUGCUGUUCAGUGUGUACACGUGUGUAGUUACACUUUGAUUCAGAAGAACAGUAAUGCUGCAGUAAUGUACAAGGUAUAACCUCAUAAAUCAUUAGCUGUACAGGGGCCUGUCUCAAUGACUGCCCAGUAGUUUUGUAUUAUACAAUGUCAUAUAUGCCCCAUAACUUUAUUGAAGUGAUCAAGCUAUUAUAUAUAUCCUGCAUAUUGUAUAUUUUAACUUCACAGCAUUUAAAAUGUUUAUUUUCUUUUGGUGAAGUUCAAUGCAUUUAACUGAUGUUAUCUCCUGGCUGCACUUGAUAGUUUUCAGUGGAAAAGAACAGAUACCAUUUAUAAACAUAACAUUAAAUAAUAAAUGUAAUAUUACGCACUGAACCAUCACCACUAGAAAUAAACAUUUGAAUCUUUCUAUAAUAUCCUACAGCAGUGUUUACAGUGUGAGAAAUGUAUUUGUUAUAAAGCAAUAUGCCACUGGGCUCUGACACAGGAAUGAGUUACAGCUGAAUGUUAAAUGCAUUGUAAUGCAUAUUGUAUAUUUAAAGCACAUUUACUGAGGCUUCAGGGUUUUUGGUUUGGUUGCACAUUGAGUAGACACAAUUUAUUUGAACAUAAAGGGUUGGUAUAUAUCUGAUUAUAAUGUUCUCUGGCGAUAUUUGGAGGCUACUGCAGACAG